AUGAUAUUAAGCACCGUACAAUUACCAUAUCUCGGAGUUGUUCUGUACGGACCUUCCCUAGCAUUGGCUUCCGUGACCCCGUUGUCAGUGACCGGUUCCAUAAUUGUGGUUGGUGCCAUAUGCACUUUCUAUACAUCAAUUGGCGGCAUAAAAGCGGUAAUUUGGACGGAUGUGAUGCAAACCAUUCUUAUGUUCAGUGGACUACUUAUGGUGGCGAUUGUGGGCUCAAUAGAAAUGGGAGGUCUUAUAAAACCGUGGAAGAUUGCAUAUGAUAACAAUCGACUCGUUUUAUUUAACUCUGAGUUUAGUCUGUAUAGAGGAGACACAUUCUGGGCUGUAUUUCUGGGAACGUUGACGGGAUGGACCGGAACCUAUUGUGUAAAACAAACUCAAGUGCAGAGAUAUUGCUGUAUGAGUAGUCCACAAAAAGCUAAAAAGUUAUAA